AUGAAGAGCAAAGGGGAGCAAAGAACUGACACCCGAAGCCAGAUCAUUGGCGGCGGCGUCGUCGGGCUCUCGAUAGCGCACCGCCUCUCGCAGCAGAGCCCGUCGUCGUCCUCGGUCCUCAUAGAGCGGCACUCGUCGCUGGGGACCGAGACGUCCUCCCGCAACAGCGAGGUCAUCCACGCGGGCAUCUACUACGGCCGCGACACGCUCAAGACGCGGCUGUGCCUCCGCGGCAGGCAGCUCCUCUACGAGUUCUGCGAGAGGCACGGCGUCCCGCACCGGCGCACGGGGAAAUGGAUCGUCGCGCAAAACGACGCGCAGCGGCGCGAGCUGGAGAGGCUGCACGCCCACUGCGCCGACAUUGGCGUGCCGGUGCGCUGGGUGCCCGAGAGGGAGGUCCGGGGCGGGGGCGAGGGCGCGUCGAGCGUCACGGCCGAGACGCUCGUCAACGCCGCCGGCCUGGGGGGCGUCGCCGUGUACAACAUGGUCGUCCCCGCGGCCCUGCGGAAGAGGCUGUACUUUGCAAAGGGCAACUACUUUUCGUACUCGGCGUCGCGGCCCCGUGUCUCGAGGCUGGUCUAUCCCGCCCCGAACCCGGGCGCCGCGGGGCUGGGCACGCACUUGACGCUCGACAUGGGCGGGAGGAUACGCUUCGGCCCGGACAUUGAAUGGGUCGACUCGCCGGACAACCUGGCCGUUGGGAGAGAGAGGCUGGAGCAGGCGGUGCACGAGAUCAAGCUGUACUUGCCCGGUGUCGAUGAGACGUGUUUGGAGCCUGACUACGCAGGGAUUAGGCCCAAGUUGAGCUACAAGGGGGCUGGGCAGGCCGGCAAGAACUUCAACGACUUUGUGGUGAGGAUGGAGGACGGCUAUCAUGGGUGGGUGAAUUGCCUGGGCAUUGAGAGUCCCGGCUUGACAAGUAGCCUGGCCAUUGGGGAGAGGGUCGGAGAGUUGUUUUAUGGAAGAAAAGUGUCAUGA